GAGAGACAGCCUGAGAGAUUGCCCUGCUCGGCGCGGUGCUGCUGGGAAAUGGCAGCCAGAGGCAGGUAUGUGCUGCAGAGAGUGUUCACCGGCCUCAGAGCUCACACUGUCUGCUGCCUGAGCUCAGCUGCGACCUCCAGUCAAGGACGCCUGCUGUGGAAACCACAAGUGAGACAGCUGAGCUGCUCAAACACACUGUACAGGCCUGAUCCUCCCACCACAGGUCCGAGCAGUCUGUCAUUCAGGAGUCACACCUGUGGAGAACUGAGAGCCCAUCAUGUGGGAGAGAGGGUCACUCUGUGUGGCUGGGUCCAGUACCUCAGGCAAGACAUGUUUGUCAUCCUGCGAGAUUUCAGCGGCUUGAUACAAGUUCUAAUCCCUCAGGAAGAAUCUGCCGGUCAUUUGAAAUCAGUGCUGUUUGAUCUCACAGUCGAGUCCGUCAUCAAGGUUACAGGAACAGUGAGACAACGGCCAGCGGGACAGGAGAACAAGGGGAUGCCAACAGGAGAAAUAGAAAUCGUGGCUGAAAGUGUGGAGGUCUUCAAUGUGUGCCGGACGUUGCCUUUUGAAAUUAAAGACUUUGUCAAAAAAUCUGAGUCUUUACGGAUGCAGUAUCGCUACCUGGACCUGAGGUCCUCUCAGAUGCAGAAGAACCUCAGACUGAGAUCUCAGCUGGUGAUGAAGAUGAGAGAAUACCUCUGUAAUGUGCACGGUUUUGUUGAUGUGGAAACUCCUACCUUGUUUAAAAGAACACCAGGGGGAGCCAAAGAGUUUGUGGUUCCGUCCAGAGAGCCGGGUCGGUUUUACUCCCUACCCCAGAGUCCACAGCAGUUUAAACAGCUUCUAAUGGUGGCUGGUAUAGACAGGUACUUCCAGAUGGCCCGGUGCUACCGAGAUGAAGGCUCCAGACCAGACCGGCAGCCUGAGUUCACCCAGGUAGACAUAGAAAUGUCUUUUGUGGACCAGGCAGGCAUCAUGUCCCUGGUGGAGGGUUUGUUACAGUACUCCUGGCCUGCAGAGAAAGGUCCCAUUAAGGUUCCUUUCCAAACCAUGACGUAUGAAGAGGCCAUGAGAGACUAUGGUGUGGACAAGCCUGACACCAGAUUCAGUAUGAAGUUGAUGGACCUCAGUGAGGUUUUCCUAUCCACGGAAAUUAACUUCCUUAGAUCAGCUCUCAGUCAACCAGAAGGCUCUGUCCAGGCCAUCCGUGUCCCCAGUGGAGCGAAACUAUUCUCUGGGAAAGAUUUGGAAAAAGUGAAACAAACAGCCAAGACUCAGUUUGGCCAGGAGCUCAGCGUGGUGCUGGUCAAUGAAGACAGGACAUUGAAGUCUGUCCUGAAGAAGCUGCUGUCUGUCACAGCCACAGAUGAGCUGCUGCAGAGGACAGGAGCCGAACCAGGAGACCUGCUGCUGAUAGCAGCCGGGUCCCUCCACACUGUGCGCACAUUGCUGGGUAAUGUUCGCCUGCAGUGUGCAGAGCUCCUGGAGUCUUGUGGCGUUUCAGUCCGCGACCCUUCAGCCUUCCACUUCCUUUGGGUUGUGGACUUCCCUCUCUUCUUAUUCAAAGAAGAGGAGCCGGAGCAGCUGGAGUCAGCCCAUCAUCCAUUUACUGCUGCACUGCCAGAGGACACACAGUUACUGUACACAGAGCCACACAAGGUACGUGGUCAGCACUAUGACCUGGUGUUGAAUGGCUGUGAGAUUGGAGGAGGCUCCAUCCGCAUCCACAACGCCUCAGAACAGCUUCAUGUCCUGAAGAACAUCCUCAAGGAGGAUCCCAGUCUUCUCUCUCACCUGCUGGAGGCUCUGGACUCAGGAGCGCCACCACAUGGAGGCAUUGCUCUGGGGUUUGACCGGCUGGUCUCCAUCAUGGUCGGGGCUCCCAGCAUCCGUGACGUCAUUGCCUUCCCCAAGUCAUUCCGGGGUCACGACCUCAUGAGCUGCGCCCCUGACUUUGUAUCUGAGGAGGAGCUGAAGUCUUACCACAUCUCUGUCAAAUGGCCAACAGAGCGGGGAGAAGAGAAGUGAGGAGGUAAAGAGAGAUAUCAGAAAAAGGAGUGAUGUCUUCAGAGACCUCUGUAAGCUACACAGAGGACGGAGCGUGAGGACGAGGAGAGAGAUGAGCAGACAGCCAGCGGGCGGUGUAGUAGCCUAUGAAGAUGUCUGCCAGCUGGCUGGGAGAUGUGAGGAGGAGGAGAGAAAAUGAGGAGGAGGCGAUGUUGUGGCUGCAUCUCAGUACUUUUACUGAGAAAGGGAACAUGGAAACAGCCUACAGUAUGGACAUUUUGAAACACUUACUGGUUUUACAAAGAAGAAAAGCUUAUUACCAAGUGUCACUGCUGGCAAACAACACUUCAGGUUUAUAGAUACUGAACCGGUGUUAUGAUGGUGGUUCCUCCCAGACCAAUGCAUCAUAUCAUGCUUCUUUAAUAACAGACAUUUUUCUAUAAAUGAUUAAUAAUUUCCUCAGUUUAAAAUGAAUGUAUUAUUAUAUGAUUAUAGAGCUGUUUAUUUUGUAUUGGUGUGUGUCACAUAACGAUCCAAAUGUUGUUUCACAGUGUGUUCAGUUGAGAAGAAUAAAACUCUGGA